GUUGCGGGAGUGUUGUUACAGUUGGAAAAGAUUGUUACACCAAAAUUUUCGAAACCCCGUGACUGUGCUGUGGGCGUCGUUCUCCGCCCCCCUGGUGGGCAUCCAGUCGUCAAAUACAGAGGAUGUGUCCGUUUAAUGUGGCGAAAGAAUGAGUUGAAAACUGAAGUCUUGUUCACAACCAUCAAUUCCACAGUAAACCCAAAAAUCCGGACUACGACCAUGAAUUGCAUGUAUGUGGCUAAGAAGCACUUUCAGAGUUAAAGCAACAAAGACGCAACAGAUCAUACAUCUCCACGCAGCCAUGAUGCACCGUUUACGCGCUGUCGCCGUCUGAUGACCAUGAACCUGAAGGAGGAUGGGAAAGUGAGUUUAUGUCCGUCACAUCUCGAUGACGUCAGUAACGUACGUUGAAGCGGUUUCGCGCUCUUAACGGAGGCACUAUCUUUGAUGCGAACUGAGCAGGCAACAGGUACUGCGCGUUAAGGCUUGUGCGAGCGGGAGAACUCUGUUGAGUCGGCAUGGACAAUUUUGACUACACCAUACUGUCGGUGUUAGAGGCUGCCAGUAUUGAUGAGGAGGCUUUAAAAAGCCUUAGCCGUGAUGACCUGAAGGAUCUUUUUUCUGGCCCUGAAGAUUUUCUCAGGAGAAAGAAGCUUUGGGAUUUCAUCAGUCAAAAGUGUGAAAACACUACUGACCAAGAUGCCAACACUUGUAGUGGAAGUGGGAUUAUACCCUCAACUAGUGCCGUGCCACCAUGCCAGCCUCAAGCCUCCACCCCCAUAUCCCAAACUACUGACAAAACAAUGAAAAUGCCAGACCCACCAGAGUAUGUGGUGUACACAGAUUCAGAGUUAGAGAUGGUGCGCAGCCAGUACUUUGCAUUGCUCCGCAAUGGAAAGGGAAGGGAUUGCAAGAUGUCGAAGGAGCUAUGUUGCAGACUUAUAAGAAACACAAUCACCAGCAUGGUUGCGAUCCUGCGUGCUAGUCCCAUGGGGAAAGAAGUAAAAUACCCCUCCAAACUCGAAAUGAGAGUAAUGUCACAGAAGAUUGUUGACUAUUACCCUAUGUUACGAGAUGCUGGCACAGAUAUGCCUUAUCUGACCAUCUACACCAAAAUGUACAAGCGACUCCAAAAUAUGAGGUCUCCAAGGAAGAGGCAGGGCUCCAUGCCACAACGAUGGGUGGCAAAGAGGACUCUCUUUUGCUCAAACAACACAUACAAUGAUACAGAUUGUGACAGAAGUGGCGACACAAGCAGUUCAAGUGAUUACACCGUAAUUCUUGAGAGCAAUGAUGAACUUGGCGAGGACAGUUUCAGUGCAGGAGAAGCGUUUUCACUACAGCCACCCACCCAUGUGCCAAGGAAGCCACACAAUAUCACCCUGGCCUCACCGCCAUCUGACUCAGCCUCAGACCCCUUGCCCAAGACUUUGACCACUCCACUAACUGCACCUGCAGAGGACGUUGUUGCCGGCCAGGACAGUAUGAAGAUGCAGGCCAGGCACUACAAAACAUUGAGCAGUAUGUACAAGAAGCCCAAUGCAAAACCCAAACAAGGCUAUGUUGCCCAACUUUUGGACCUUGAGUUUAAGGCCAGGUGUGCUUUCAUUGAUGCAGAUGUUACAAAGGAAGAAGACCGACCCAAGAAAAUCUUUGAGGCAUAUCCAUGCUUCAAAGACAUUCGAAAUGGAAUGGAUGAGCUGCGUCGCAUACUUGGUGGCAACCACAAAUACUUAGAGGAAAUGAAGGGAAGAUGGGCAGACUUUUGUGCUAAAGUGCAGUUUUAUGGUGUGUGGAAGAAGUUACUGAAACCCUCUUUCCCCUUGGAUCUGCGUGGAGUGGAUUUCUCACCCUCCUCAAUGCACUCCCAUCACUUUUUCCCUCACCAACUCCACCACCAAAGCGUCUCGGAAAUGCCAGUGAGGCACUGCUUCAUAUCCUUAAGCUGGGUGAGGACCCUGGGUUAUACCUGGAGAAGCGGCUUCUCUACUCUCCGGUGCUGCUUUUUGAUGGAGCAACUUGCAUUGUCGCCGUGGGAAACAUCCCUGUGUGCACCCUCCCCCAGGAGGAAUUCUGGGAAGGAAUCUUGGUAUUGAUGGCAUACUACUACACUCUGCACUUAACAUACCCAAAAUGUGUUGCCACGGUCCUCUCUGUCAUUCAAACAGAGGUAAUUGGUGAUGCCAUCCAUGAUCGAGAUGCUACUAGCGCAUAUAAGAAAGCAAUGGCUGAAUGGAAAUCAUUUGUUGCAAAAUAGGUGAACCUCAAGUAGCAUUUUGUCAGGACUGUUUGUUUUUGUUUGCGAUGUCUAUCAGUAACUUUUGUUCUUGACUGCCUAGUUCCUGACUUGCCUAGCUAUUCCACUUCUCCGAGUUUCUUUUUACUUUCGAGAGGUCUCAAAUUUUAGAUGGCACUCUAACUGAGACAUAUUUGAAUACUUUAUUACACUAUAGUGUACAAAUUUAUUUUAAGUUUUUAUGGAUUGUCUUGCAUGUGACAAAAGCACUUGCAGUGUACGUGUUUUG